GUACUUUUUUACUCUUGCACUUUUUCAUCACUCCGCUCUGUGUUCUCGCACCCACAUUCACAUUAUUAUUAUUAUUAAAAAAAAGAAACUUAAUUUGGGAAGAUCCAGAUUAGAAUGGCGGAGCAAUCAGAGAGUCCGACUAAGUCAGUCAUGGAGAAGAUUAUCGAGAAGGUUCACCAUCACGAAUCUUCGUCGUCGGAUUCGGAGUUGGAUUCAGAUAAACCGGAUCCUUUGGAGUCGGUGAAGGCCAAAAUUUGGCGCUUGUUUGGUAGAGAAAAGCCUGUCCAUCAUGUACUCGGCGGUGGAAAACCUGCUGAUGUGUUUCUGUGGAGGAACAAGAAGGUUUCAGCAGGUGUACUUGGAUUUGUCACCGCAAUGUGGGUCCUUUUCGAGUUGAUCGAAUACCACCUGCUUACUCUAGUGUGUCACAUUUUGAUACUCGCUGCUGCACUCUUAUUCCUCUGGUCUAAUGCUUGUACUCUCAUCAACAAGAGUCCGCCUCGCAUCCCAGAAGUUCAUCUUCCGGAAAAACUGGUCCUGCAGGUUGCUUCAGCACUAUGUGUCGAGAUCAAUAGUGCAUUUGCGGGCUUACGCAGUGUUGCGGCAGGAAAAGACUUUAAGAAGUUUCUCAUGAUUAUUGCCGGAUUGUGGGUCCUGUCAAUUGUGGGGAGUUCGUGCCAUUUCCUGACCUUGUUUUAUAUAUGCUUUGUUUUGCUGCACACUGUACCUGUUCUCUAUGAGAAGUACGAGGACAAAGUUGAUCCCUUGGCAGAGAAGGCAAUGGUUGAGAUAAAAAAGCAAUAUGCAGUGUUCGAUGCUAAGGUUCUGAGCAAGAUCCCAGUGGCUUCUUUGAAAGCCAAGAGAGUUUAGAUUUGGCUCCUUGUUGUGUCUCCAGCAAACACUGGGUAAACCUGGGUUUGCAGCUUGUGAUUGCUUUACCCAUAAUUUGCUAGGGCUUCUUUUGUUCUUCGCCCCUAUUAAUUGUUUUAAAGUGUUUGGGUUGCAUUUUGAAUGAAUUGUCUUUCAGGGGUGUUACUUUUGGAGUUUUAGGUUUAAUUUGUAUUCCUAUGACCUAUGGUCAGUUUGCCAGAUAGCACACCUUAUAAUGGUGGUUUUUGAUGACUAAAUGUUCAUUGGUUUAUAAUAUAAAUUUUGAACCUUUGUGCU